UUUUGGUGGUUAACGGAUUGUACAAACUUUAAUUGAAAAAGAAAUAAAUAGACAACUGAGAUGGCAAAGAUGCGGGGAUAUGGCCGUGAAAUGGGCAGCGGCAAAUUUUAAAGCGAGGGAACGGUCGUAACAUUGAAAUCCCACCAGAAAAAUGGGAGAAUACGAGAAGAUGACGAUGAUGAUGAACAAGGGCAAGGGAAUUGCAGUGCGAACAAGAGCUAACCACAAUUACAGCGGUGAAGACGAAGACGGCAAUAAGAUAACGACUCCCUCCCUUCCCUCCACCAAAUCCAGUCCUCGCAACGCCUCCUCCAAAUACGACUUCGUCAAGGUGAAGGUCUGGUUGGGAGAUAAUGCCGAUCACUAUUAUGUUUUAUCCAGGUUUUUACUUAGCAGAAUGUUAACCGUCACAAAGAUUCCAAAUCAUGUAGCUAUUAAAAUCUCUCUCGAGCUCAAGAAGCUGCUUAUAGACAACAGCCUUUUGGAUGUCUCGCAGUCUGAUUUGGAAGCUAAUCUUUUUAAGCUAAUGGAGCGGCGAGGUUAUGGGGAAGAGUACGUAAACCGGUACAAGAUGAUGACCAGAUUUCACCAUCAAAGGGUUCCUUUGGUGAUUCUUGUUUGUGGAACUGCCUGUGUUGGGAAGUCUACAAUAGCUACACAACUUGCACAUAGGCUAAACUUGCCAAAUGUCUUACAGACAGAUAUGGUUUAUGAAUUGCUACGCACAUCAACCGAUGCGCCAUUGGCUUCCACUCCUGUAUGGGCGCGGGAUUUCAGCUCCUCUGAGGAGUUAAUUACUGAAUUUUGUCGAGAAUGCAGGAUAGUUCGUAAAGGGUUGAAUGGGGAUCUAAAAAAGGCAAUGAAAGAUGGAAAGCCAAUUAUAAUCGAGGGAAUACAUUUGGACCCAAGUAUUUAUUUAAUGGAUGAUGAGCAUAAAACUCCAACUGCUAUGUCUGAAGGAAAUCAAUCGAUUGCAAUGUUUGUGGCUUCAGAUAAUGCUUCUACAGUGCAAAUGGAGAAUAAUUUCUCAAGUGUACCUGGAAGUAAUAUGGAAAAUAGCCAAAACCAUACUGUGCCUUUGGGUGAAGAUGUGUCUGCUGACCAGGUGAACAAAGUCUCGGAAUCUCUAGUGUCCAUUGCUCUAGCAACUGCUUCAGACAAUAAAGGUGAAACUAUUAACAUACCAGAAGUAAAUGGAAGUACUGGUAGAAAAGAAAAAUCUGGCCCUGAACCAAUAAUAAUACCCAUAGUUCUGAAGAUGGCUGAAUUUGAUCAUAAAGCAUUACUAGAGGAGAGGAUCACUACUCAGACCUUAAGUGGUAAAUGUCUAGUCCAGGAUACUGACAGUCUAAUAACGAACUUGAAGACCAUUCAAGACUAUCUUUGCUCUUUCAAGUCACGGGGUUUAACAGUUGUCAAUGUAUCAGCGACCACAUUUCCACAGACAUUGGAUUGGCUGCAUGGAUAUCUUCUUCAGUCAAGCGAGUUAUUGGUGCUUCAUUAUGUUUCAUUUGGCUCUAGAUUUAAAGGAGUUUUUAGUUGGAAAAUGAGACAAGUAUGCAACUAGAUUCUCCACUUCGGCCAUGAAAGUAUAUUAAAAGUUGUUCUCUUCUUUAUAACGACAGUGAGAUACUAUUGUGCAAUGAAUUUGUAUAUAGCGAGUAUUUUGGCUUUGCACAAAGUUUCCUCAUGUGAAAAACACAUCAUAUUUGUUGAGUGAUACGCCACAAAUUUAGGUACAGUUAAAACUUAUCCAAGGAGAGUAGGUGAGAAUGUUGUCAUUACCAGACUUUGUUGUGGGGAAGUUCAAGCUUUUGAACUUCCAAAUUCCAAUAAUUUGUCUCGUCAACUAAAUCGUUGUAUUGCCUUUUUGUAUUUUCAUGUUUGUCCUUCCUCCAAAGCUGGUUGCAUUUGCAAGCAUCUAGCUACGACCCUAGCCUGUCAUACAGUAUCAUGAUAUGAUCUUGCAAAAUAUCAACACUAGUUGCCUUUCUAUACUACUUGGUCAGCAUAAACUGAUGUGCUAUAGAAACUCACU